CCAAUAAGAUGAAAAAUUCUGAGACAACAAUUCAUUCCAUUUCUUUUUCAAUUAUAGCCCAGGUAGGAGAAGGGACUUGGUCACAUAAUGUCAGUGGUGGAAUUUAAACUUACAACCUCAGUGUUUGACGUUCAAAGCCUUAACUGCUUGACUAAGUUAUCGUUCUAAUGGAUUUUCAUAUAACUAAAUGUUUUGCUUUUGUGACUGAUUUUUAUAAAACCUUUUUUAUCAAUCUUUCAUGCAGCAUUAAAGGAAAAUUGCUAUUUUUUUGCGGGACAACUGAUAGCAAUGUCUGUUGUGCAUGGGGGGCAAUCACCAUGCUUUUUCUCCCCAAUUCUUUAUAAAUCCUUGGCCAAAGGUCCAGAAAAUACUGAAGCAGAAGUUGAGGAUAUUCUUGAUAUUGAUAUUCAUAAUCAACUUAUAGAGAUAAAAACAGCUACAUCAGACACACAAUUGCAAGUGGCUAUCAGAGCAUCCUGCAUUUUAAACCUUUCCAGGUGUUUCAGAAAAAUCACCUUGGAAAAUAAAGGAGCUGUUACCAAAGAUGUGGCACAUUGGUAUGUGCUACAGAGAACAAGAACUCCAUUUGAAAGAUUUCAAGAAGGACUGCAGAGCCUUGGAGUUCUUUCAGCAUUGCAGCAGUUUCCACAGCAGCUUCAAUCCCUUUUUAUUAAAUUGGAGAAAAAAUUAACAGCUAUUGAGGUUGAACAACUUUUCAAGUUUCGUAUGUCAGAGGAAGGAAGCAACAGAUAUGAAGCUGAAUUACUUGUAGUGGGAUUUUGGAGAGACUAUCUGCAAGAUGCAGAAUUUUGUGUUGAUGCAGUGACACUGGAAGAAAUACUUAUUUUUGCAACAGGAAGUGAUUCAGUUUCUCCUCUUGGUUUCUUUCCUGAGCCAUCUUUGGAGUUCUUGCACUGCAAGUCAAAAUUCCCUUUGGUGAAUACCUGCGACUGCAUACUUAGGAUUCCUCUAACCAACAAUUAUACUAACUUUAAAAAACAAUAUGAAUUUUGGCAUUAGAAAUUUCCCAGGGUUUGGAAAGGCUUAAUGAUGAUGAUGAUGUAUAUUACAAACAUUACACAUUAAGCAAUAAAAAAAAUCUUUUGUGGUAUUUGUACAUUUUUCAACGUCAGAAUGUUUUAUUUGCAAAAAGAACAAAGUUACACUGUGUUUUUAAUUAUUGUUCAUAUAUUUGAAAUAAAUUAAUUUUGUAUUGUCAAGGAAUCAGGUAUUGACAUCUUUAAGUUUACUAUAAAUAUAACUGUUUAUUGUUUUCUCUAUUAGCAUUGCUUAUGGACUUGUUAUUUAGGUGCAGGUUAAAUGCCUUAUUGUUACAUUCAUGACAGUGUAUGAGUAAAGUGAAUGGUAAAGUUAUUUAAUAGACUACUUCAAGUUUGAUCUUUUUGUGUUGUGGACAAUAUCUGUGUUAUGAAAAAGUCAUCAUGGGCUUAAU